AUGUCGUCACAAGAAGUUGUAUUCAUCAGUGGAGCUACUGGAUUCAUUGCUCAACACAUUAUUAAGCUUUUGAUUGAAGCUGGUUACAAGACCAUUGGGUCAGUUAGAUCAGAGGAGAAGGGAGAGGACUUGAAAUCCUUGCUCAAAUCGGGUGGACUUAAAUCGGAACUUUUUAGUUAUGUUGUUGUUAAAGACAUUGGAGCAAAAGGUGCUUUUGAUGAAGCUUUGAAAACACACCCAAACAUUACCGUAUUCUUGCAUGCUGCGUCCCCGGUCACUUUUGAAGUUGCUGAUAUUGAAAAGGAUUUGUUGAACCCUGCAGUUGAAGGUACCAUCAAUGCACUCAAUGCAAUCAAGGAAUAUGGUAAGAAUGUUAAAAGGGUUGUUGUCACUUCGUCUUAUGCUGCCGUUGCUGGAUUUGCAGAUUUGGCCACUCCAGGCAAAGAGGUUAAUGAAGACUCUUGGAACCCAAUUACUCGCGAGCAGGCUUUGACUAAUCCGUUCCUCGGAUACAUCGGUUCCAAGAAGCUUGCUGAAAAGGCUUUGUGGAAGUAUGUUGAGGAUAACAAACCACAAUGGGAAAUUACUGUCGUAAACCCAGUGUUUGUGUUUGGACCUCAAGCAUUUGAAGUGAAGGACAAGUCAAAGUUGAAUGCUUCCAACGAAGUCAUCAACAGUAUCCUCACUGCUGGUAAGAAGAAAGAAGAGCCACAACAAUAUGCGUCAUACUUUAUUGAUGUUAGAGAUGUUGCUAAGGCUCAUGUUCUUGCCUUUGAGAAGAAGGAAGCCGCUGGUCAAAGAUUGAUUGUGUCGGAGGGGCCAUUCACCUCAGGGGAGAUUUAUGACAUCAUUGUUGAGGACUUCCCCAAAUUGAAAUCCGAAAUACCAAGAUUGGACAAGUCAAAGGGACCCAAGUUUGAAGACAGUGAAAGUAUUGUCAAUAAUGAGAAGACAAGAAAGAUUUUGGGAUUCAAGUUUAUUGAUUUGAGAAAGUCUGUUGAUGACACCGUUGCUCAAUUGCAAUAA